AUGAAGUACAUGCAGAUUGAAACAUGUACUUUCAACAAAACAAAACCAGACAUUAUUAAAAAUCUAAGUGAACUGAAGGACCCAGCUCGAAACCCAGCAGAGGAGGCAGUACGAGUACUGCACUCUACAAGUGUGCAGGUGAGGAGGUCAGGAGGGCAUCAUAAGGUUAUGGCCCUAGAUGUGACAACAGGCCCCAGAGAUCCAAGGGCUGUGGGACAGUUUGGACAGCUUGCAAGUGUUCCCAGAGAUAAAGAACUAGACAGUCGUAGAUGCUGGAGUGAAGGAUUUUUUAAUGUAUUCCUGAGUGAACAGAUACCAAUAGACAGAGCGAUCCCAGACACCAGACCUCAAAUAUGUUCAGAAAACCUUGUGCAUGAUGACCUGCCCAGUACCAGUGUGAUCUUCUGUUAUGUGGAUGAGGUCUGGUCCACUCUGCUGCGCUCCGUGCACAGUGUGCUCAACAGGUCUGCUUCACACCUGCUGAAAGAGAUUAUUCUGGUGGAUGACUGCAGCACCAAAGACUACCUGAUGGAACAGUUGGAUGUUUAUAUGUCUCAGUUCCCUAAAGUACGAAUCAUCCGUCUAAAGGAGAGACAAGGCCUAAUCAGAGCCAGGAUAGCAGGGGCUGCCGCUGCUACAGGUGAAGUAUUGACAUUCCUGGACUCUCACAUUGAGUGUAAUGUGGGGUGGCUAGAGCCACUGUUAGAAAGAAUUUACCUGGACAGCAAAAAAGCGGUCUGUCCUGUUAUUGAGGUCAUCAGUAAUAAGGACAUGAGUUACAUGCUUGUUGAUAACUUCCAAAGAGGAAUUUUCAGAUGGCCGCUGGUGUUUGGCUGGAGUGCGCUACCUAAGGAAUAUAUUAGAAAGAACCAGGUCAAGGAUUCAGACCCCAUCAGAUGUCCUGUUAUGGCAGGGGGUCUUUUCUCAAUAGACAAGAGCUAUUUCUAUGAGCUGGGGGCAUAUGACCCAGGCCUAGAUGUCUGGGGUGGGGAAAACAUGGAAAUCUCUUUCAAGAUCUGGAUGUGUGGUGGAGAGAUUGAAAUCAUCCCCUGUUCACAUGUCGGACAUAUCUUCCGUGGCAAUAACCCUUACAAGUUCCCCAAAAACCGUGUGAAUACGGUCGAAAGAAACUUGGCCAGGGUUGCAGAGGUGUGGCUGGAUGAAUAUAAAGAGCUAUUUUAUGGCCAUGGUUACCACCACCUGCUGGACAAAACUGAGAUAGGGAAUCUGACAGAACAGAUUGAGCUGAGAAAAAAAAAAAAACUCAAGUGUAAAAGCUUUAAAUGGUACUUGGAGAAUGUCUACCCGGAUCUGGACGCCCCUCUGGUCAAAGCAGAAGGACUGAUUUUCAGUGUUGGAACCAAGAAAUGUUUGAGUCUUACACUUCAGCUACACCUGGUUAAGGAUGCUUCGACAGAACACUUCCUGUUUGGCUCCUCAGGAAAAAAAGAUUAUCAUGGAACCAUGUGA